AUGAAUACCAUGCCAGAGGAAGUGAAGGAGCACAAGAAGGCUGUGUUAUUCUCCUUGAAUGGAGACAAGAAAACUGUAAUGGAGGAGGAUAAAAAGAUCUUUCACAUUUACCAGAACCCCUAUGUCACCUUUGCCAAGAUGCUGCAAGACAAGGUCUACCACUCUUCCCUCUACAUCACCACCUAUAAGACCAGGAAAAUCAACAAAAUAGACCUGGAAUUCAUCUUCUGGUCCCCCAACAGUGACUCCCUCAAGACCAAAAAUGAUCUAUGCAGCUUCAUGGAUACCAUCAACAAGAAACUGACAGCAAUCAAGCAAAAAUUAUAA